AUGAGCUACGACGAGUUACAGAAAACGGAACGACGUCAAAAUGUUACAGCCGAGGAAUUCCAUUCGGGGAUGGAGGAGACAGUGCGCUCGCUGCUACAAUACAAAAGUCGAGUGGAAACUUUGAAGCAAGAAAAGGCUUCACUGUCCUCUGCGUUGGAGGUAUCAGCAGCGCACUACCAAAGUCAGUUAUCAGUGUUAUCAACAGAGAACGAAAGACUUCGCGGUCAGUUAUCAGCACUGUCAGUCAGUCUGGGCAUCGGAGAACACGAGAAGAAGUUAGAUGAUGUUGCGCAGCAAGUCGUACGCGCUCUACUCUCACAGAAGAGCGUACGAGAGGAGUUGGGUUGCGCAAAAGCAAGGAUCCGAGACUUGGAAGCCCAGAAUCGGGCGCUCAGUGCUCUCCUAGUGCGACAGUUGAGGCCCCAGCCUAGGCCUUCGCCGGCCACUCCACACACGCCGGUUACACCUCAUUGUAACAAAGAUUUACAAGUUCACUUGGUGGAUGUGGGUUCAUGCGGUUCUCUGGUGUCAUUCCGAGACUCUCCGCCCCCCGCACCGCCCGUACAACAUCCACAUCCCCUCAGCUCAGACGACAAAAGGCGGCACCAAAUAUUAGCAGAUAUCUGGACUGAACUAAAGGGAUUGGAGGUGACACCGGCGAACUUAGCUCGAGCGUUAUCGGCGGUGGACCCGACACUAUGGGCGACACCCACGAGACCUGCGACACUUAGCCUAAACGUGCCCCCAAAAGCUGAUUCAAACAAAGAGAAUAGUGGCGAAAAGGAAGAAGCUAGCGAACAAUGUGAAGCCGGAGCGGAAUCUCCUGAGAGCGGUGCCAAAGACGAGGGAUAUUCCACGAUGUCUAGUGACGUACAGGCCGACGCAUCAAGGCAAAGUGACCAUGCAGCUGAUCGCAUACUGCCCGACCUCAACGAGGCCUCCGAUGAAACUGACAAUCAGACCAUCGUAUCCAUAAAUCCGAGGGAAUCGCGACGGCAUGCCAGACUGCUCGCUGAGGCUGAUUACAUUUAUUUCCCGAUCGGCGUAGCAUUUGCGGGUAUCCGAGGCAGCUAUCCGCCUUCGAGGCCUGUACUGCCGUUUCAACAUGUGGUCCGAAGUUUUUCCGAUUCUCAUUUAUGUUUAAAAUUACUGACCGGUACCACAUGCCCGACUAGCUGCCUCGAUUCUCCUGCUCCUAGUUCGGGAGUCUUAGUUUUAGAUCUCAAACCGACGCCAGAACGACCCCUUCGGCGUCCAGCGAUCGCCUCUACUACUAGUUCCGAAAGAAUUUCGUGGGGUAGUACCGUCGACGAAAGAGCCGACGGAUCACAAUUUGAAUCAGACUACGUCCAACAUUGGUUAGAGCUAGACGAUGCGAGAUCUGCACUUCAACAAAGACACCGAGAUAUGGCAGAUUUAGAAUAUGAUAGAGCUGAACUAGAAGACUGGAGUUUGUCGUUAUCUUGCGAAGAUCUCAGAGACAGACAGUCACCUUUCGCAGAAAUAACGACACCCGGCCAGAUAUCUCUGUCCACUUUACCGAGUAUACGGGAAGACGACGCACUAGAGCUAGAAGAAGAUGUGGGUGAUUGUUUAUGGAAUGAUUGCGGUUUCGCUACUGUCGAAAUCGAUGAAUGUAGAACUGGAGACGAAAACGAAAUUCCAGAUAAACGUUGGGAAUAUUCCGGCACACAAUCCCCAGGUGGAUCGUGGUCCAGUGCAUCCGAUGGCGCAGAAAAACGAUCUAGCACAGCACUUAGUGAGGACGGCGACUGUGCCAACGUUGGCUUGGAUUUCACAAGAGACUUCUAUCGACUUGUGAAAUAUGAGAGCACAAAAAGUUUAGCAUCGAAUUCUUCUAGAAGUGUGCCUGUAAAUCAAGACCAAAACCAUUUGAGAAUUCACGAUGUUCAAUCUAUGGCCCUGCAAGAUAGAGAACAAGCGCUUCAAAACGUUUUAAAUUUUAUUGCGGAACAACAGAAAUAUUGUCGCGAUAGAGAAGAAUCUGAUUCGAUGUCAUCCCGUCCUGUCUCCGAAAUACGAGAAUUGCCGCCGCCUUACGCAUCAGCCGACUUCGACGAGGAGUCAGUAGACCCCCGUAGUGAAGUUUCUGAUGACAGACAAAGACCAGACUCAUUCGGUAGUUUUUCUGAGAACGAUUCUUGUGAUAUACAUAACGAUAAAGCAAAGAUUUCUAUUUGCGAAGCAGUAUCCGAACCGAAAUCCACGCUUCGAUUUAUACAAAAAGAAGAACCUUACGCAGAAUCGGAAGAUUACUAUGUCGACAUAACCAAAAAAGAAAAUACUGAAAAUGAAAUAGAUCAAAACCAUUUACUUAAAGUACAAAGGAAAAACGAGAUAAACAAAAUAAUCGACACAGGUAAUGCAGAGGCGUUGGUGAAGGAAGAUAAAGUAGAAAUCAGAAGCCUCGACCAUAAUUCAGCUUUGAAAGAGAACACUGUAAAUAUUAUUUUAAACAAAAAUGCUAACGAAAGAGAGAUAGAGACUUGCCUCGCGAAAUCCGCGAGCUUUUCGUAUCCAGGCGAGACUGAGAUAUCAUUAAUGGAUGAAGUUCUCAGUGCCUGCAGACGGAGUACGAUUGCCUUGGUAACCGUCCCAGAAGAAGAGGAAAACUCGUCUCCAGAGACCGGUUCGCCCCAAAUGACUGAAUCUAACACAACUAGCACUUCGACGGCUGAAACUGUGAUAAUAGGCAAUAAAAAUGAUGGCAAAGACGUAAAGCGAAGGCAAAAAAGUCGGAUUCCAACACUGAUGGGUGGGAAAAGGCCACCAUCCUCCCCUAAUAAGAUAAAAUCCAAAAUACCUGUAGCUGGUAGAAGUAUGUCUAAUGAAUCCCAAAACGCUGAAUCAAUAAUUGUAAAACAGGAGCAUACAAUUAGUUUUCACGAAGCCGCAACAUCUAAAGAAGUAAUUGAAGAGUUGAACAGAAUGAUCAGGCAAAGCGAAGGAGUAACUUCAGAAGUGAAAAAAGAAAACGGGUCUGAAAAAACGUAUGCACAAAAAGACAACGCGUUGUGGGCACCUACUGGAUGGGUUCAUGUUGAGAAGGAUAUUGACUUCAGUGAUCCUAAGGCGCGCGCGAAUCUUCUAGAUGUGAUGCUGGCGUCUAGCGACUCAUCCCCUUCGUCGUGUGGUUCCUCCCCAGCGGAACCCCCUCCCCCCUACUCCCGCUUACAUCGCUUGCACCGUUCCCGCCGACAAAAAACUGCGGCCGCGCUCCGCAGCCGCGUCGGCGUCGUGCGGCAGCUGCGCCUGCGCCGGCCGACGAUCCUCGGCCGCGACGAGUUCUACGUGCGCUUCGCCGAGCCGGAACGCGCCGCCGUAGCCUCCUUCGACUUCCUCGACGACCUCUCCGGCGGAUCGUCGCCGGACACCAAAGACUGUCACGAUUAG